AUGUACAAAUUCAAAGAGUGGCUUAAGCCUGUCUCUGAUUAUUUUCUUAAUGGUUUCUCUGACACUUUUCAACUACUUCUCGAUAAUUUCUUAGGGGAUUAUCUUGAAGAUCCAAAAUAACUCAAUAUGGGCACAUUAUUAAAAGGAGUAGAGAUGCUGAAACUAAACAAAACAUUCAUUAAUUAACUCCUUGGUUAAAGUCUUUUCAAGCUCGAAGAGGCUUACAUAAAGUAGAUCAAAGUUGCUAAUUUAAAAUUUGAGGCUAGUGGAGUGAGAUUAGUUUUUGCACUUGUGAAGGAGAUCAAUAUAGAUGAAUUAAAGGAAUAUUUAGAUAAGACUGAGGAGAUGAAGGAGAAGGAAAUCUAAAAACUCAGUUAAUUGGCACAGUUACGAGAAGAAGUUUAUAAACAUUCAGAAUUCGAAUAGAGUAUAGAUUUAUAGAAAUCUAUGGGACCUUAGACAGGUCUUAUUCAAUUUUUAGGAUUGGUAGAUACUUUAUUGAGUAAUUCAUCGAUUACCAUAAACAACAUUGAGAUUGUUUUAUAAGCAGAGGGAGGAAAACAAUAUGAAUUCCAUAUUCAUCAUACUAACAUUAAUUUUCAGAAGCAAAAUAUAAAUAAUUUGCUUUUUAUAAGCUUUGGGAUAGAUUAGAUUGAGUUACAAUUGCAAAAUGAAUAGAUUGCCCUAAUAGAAAAUGCGCUAAAGCUAGAGAUGAUUGUGGAAACUACAUGUGGUAGAGUCAAUACAAAAGUAGAUGGAAAGAUAUCAACUUUAGAUGUAGUACUAAAUUCGAAUCAAAUUUAAAAUAUACUAUCCACAGCUCAAAAAUGUUUAGCAUUAACUGAUGAAUUAAACAGAAUAAUUCUAGAUUUAAAAGGAGAAACAUUAGUAUAAUUUGAUGAUGAUGAAGAAGAUUAAUAAAAAUUAGAAAAAACAGAUGUUUCACUGUUAAAUUCAUAAAGUUAAUUUUGGACAAAAAAAAAGAAUACCCCAUUCAGAAUGAUUCCAAAUUAAUCCUACAUGGAUACUCUAAACAACAACAUAUAGUAGUCCUUAGCCUAACAUCCUAUUCCUUAACAACAAGAAAAACAAUUUAUCGAGUUUUCUUAAAGCAUUUUUAAUACAUCGUAAGAUCAAUUAGAUAUUGGAAAAAAGAGUGUUAAGAAUUAAGUUGAAACAUUUAAAUGUUAGUUUGAUGGUAUUAGAAUUGCUGUAUGUGAAAAUUCACAAUGUUUCCCGAAAUUAAAGGGGAGAUUCUUCUAAGACCUUGAAACUCAUUUCUUCAUUGAAAUCAUUAAGAUCUAGGGAAGCUAUUAUAAAGAUAAUUUUAACUUUUAAAUUUAAAGCAUAGGAGCUCACAGAGUUCGAGCUGAUUAAAAUAAUGGAUACAAUAUUAUGUAAAGUCAAGAAUUGUUUAAAAGUUGUUUGGAUAACCCAAAAUUUUAAUUUUAUGUUACUCCUGUGAUAAUGAUGGGAUUAGGAGAAUGUGGCAGGAUUGAGUAAGAAUAUGCAGUUUAUAUAUUUGAUAAAUUGUAGGAAUAAUGUAAAUUAAAUAAGGCAUUGGAAUUAUCAGUUCAAAUAUAUCAUGGCAAAAACAGAGAGAAGUUUUACAUGGCAAAUGUGUAGAUAUCAGACUUUAUAGGUUCAUUAAAUCAUGAAUUAUGCUUAAGACUUUUAUAAUAUCUACCUCAAAGUGAAGUCUAGAAAUUACCAGUAUCAGAGGUUAAAAAGCCAUGUAUGUUUGGAUUCGAUAUAAAAAUCCCAUAUGUCAAUUUUAAUUAUUUUAUAAACAACAAACCCAUCUCAUUUAGAGUCAAAGAAAUUAGACUCAAAUAAUUACCAGUCAAAAAAUUCCCUCAUAAAUUAGGAAUUUUAGAACCUUUUGAAGGAAUUCCUAAAAAUGAAGAACCAUUAUAAUUCAUUUGCAUCACAUUUUUUUCAAUUUGGAUUGAAUUUUCUGGAUAAAACAUAGUUACUGUGGGUUAGAAUGUAGUUGAAGAUUUGCAAAUACAUCCAUUAAUUUACAUAAGCUUUUAAGAAAAGAAAGAUUUAAAAAAAGAAGGCAAGUAAGAAUUAAAAGAUUCUGUUAAACAUAAAUAAUAAAACAGUGAGACUCUGAUUAGAGGAUCACUUCCUUUAGUAGACGUUAGGAUCACUUAAGAUCUAUUAUAUUGGUUAAUCUAAUUAAAUUAGUAUCUAGAAGAACAAUAAAAUAAUAUAAAUAAAAAGAAACCAUAACGCUAGAUCAUAGAAGAAUCAAUUACUUUUAUUUAGUUAACUAUAGAGUCAUCCUCAAUAAAUGUUUUAGAUCAUUCAAAUAAGGAUUUAAUAUAAUUUGACUUGGACAAAGUUACUCUAAUUUCGUCUAAACAAUUAAUUUUACUCAUUCAAAAUAUAUUAGUGAUAGAUGUCUAAUGUCCUUCAGUAAAAUAUAAUAGAAUUCAACCGCAAUAAUAAUUCAACAAAUAUUCUGCUGCCUAGAUUAUGCUAUACGGUAUAUGCACAACAGAAGGUAAAAGACAUUUGGUUUCUGCAGGAUCUAAAAAAAUAUAUUCAAAACCGAUUAAAGUGGAUUUUGAUAAUUUUAUAUUUAAAUUGUAACUUGGUAAAAAGGUGAAAAUUACAACUCAAAAUAUUUGCAUUAGAAUUCCAGAUUUCAAUUUUACCUCAAUAAAAAAGUUAAACCCAAUACUCUAACACUUUUAAUAGACUUCAGAAAAGAACCAAAAAACUGUGUAAUCGAACUAACAAUAGUAAGAUAUGGAAAUUGAAUUCAGCAUUAUUGAAAACAUAUACUUGGAUAUUUUUCCGAUUAAUGAAGUUGAAGAGCUCUCAAAUAAAGGAUUAUAAACUAUAAAAGAGUUUUCUAAUAGCAGACUUCUAAUAAAAAUCGAAGAUUUGGUUUUUAGGAAAAAAUUGUAAUUAUCAAAUUUAAGUCUGCAUGUUUGCAGGUAAAAUGGAUUUGAAUUUCAAUGCCCAAUAAUUCUAGAAGGCUACUUUAACAAGUUAAGUGCCUUUUAGUUCACAUAAUUCCUAUCUAUUGAAAGACUCAACUUUUAUGAAAACAAUCUAUAAAUAGAUUUGAUCAAGGGAAAUUUUCGAUUUGAUAUAAUUUAAACCAUUUUGGAAAUUAUUGAAGAAUUACAACCAUACAUUCCAUAAACUAUCCCUAUUGAGGCUUCAAAAAAUGAAUAUUUUAUCUAAAAAGAUUUUUCAAAACCUCUUAUAGAAGGAGAAAAAAUGGAUAAUAAAAUAAAAAUCAAUAUAGGAAAAAUGCUUUUGCAUUUGGAAGAAGGACGCACAUUCUACUAAUUACCACUUUAUUUUGAUGCAGAUUAAGGUUAAAAUACUAAGUUUGAGAAUGAGCUCUUUAAUCAUGUUAAAUAUGCAGAUUAACCUAACGAAAAGGUAUUAGACACUGUUACUUUGAACUUUACAAAUAUAAAUUUAUAGAUCGAGCUAUAUGCUAAAGGAUAAACAGGAAUUAAAUUUCAAUCUCAUUUUGAAAUUGAGGAUAAAAUUUAAAAUUCUAGAUUUAAACUCAUAUUGAGUCCAGAUACAGAAUCAUUCUGCACAGAUUGCUUUCCAAUAGAAGUUGCUUUGAUCUUAGAAAAUUAAGCCUACACAGCAUCUAUUGCAAUUGUUCCAAUGAGAAUUUGCCUAUCAGGGGCUUUAUUAUCAUUUAUUUUUAAUUUCUAAAACAGUUAAAGUUGGAUAAAAAAAGCGUUCUAUGAAGAUUAAAUACAAUUUUUUAACGUUGUCGAAAAACCAACUUAAAUUUGGUUGAAGAGUCUUUAAAUUUUUGAAACAAGCUUUAAUCUUUCAUAUGACUCAUAAGGACUCUAUAUGGACGAUCUUUUAAAGCGGUUACUAAAAAUUAGUUCAUUUUAAGAAUUACAAAUACCAAUCAAAUAUAUUAAUUCUUAAAUUAGAGGGACUCCUGAGGAUGUAAUUAAUUGUGUCAUAACAUAAUUAUAAACAAGCUUAGGGUCUAAAUUAAUGAUAGCUGGUAGAGCAUUAAAUAGUUUAGAAUUCUUUUCAACAGUCACAAACUUAAUUAAAGGAACUUUAAGCUUACUACUAAGACCAUUUGAAGAAGGUUUAGUUAAAGGAGGAAAAAAAGGGGUUUAAGAAUUUUCAAAUUCACUGGUAUUUGCCUUGUUAAAAACCUUAAAACUUCCUUCCUAAGUAAUUAUAGCAGGAGGAGAAAAAGUUGGAUUAUAAUCACUAACUUUUCCAUUUAAAUUCGUUAAUGAAAGAAGCAAUUAAAUCUUAGAUAAAAUUAAUCCUUCAAAUAUACCAAAACAAUUCCUAAAACGAUAUUGA